AUGGCGCGCCACUCGUCGGCGCUGCUGAAGGCGGCCGUGGUGGCAUGCGUGCUGCUGGCCCUGAACCAGCUGGCUUUCGUGGCGCCGGGCUCCAGCCCUAAGCUGCGAGGUCAGGAGGCGGCUGUGGCCGGUGCGGUGCUGGCUGGACUCCCGGCCGCGCCUGCCCUGGCAACUGAUCAGGCGUCCGAUGCCUUCAGUCAGCAGGAUGCGAUCCUGAUCUUCCUUCCGAUCCUCUUCGUGUGGGUCCUCUUCUUGGAUUGGGACAGCAAGCAGCCAUCUGCUGACGACGUGACGGGCUAUGGCGCGCUGGGCCCGACCGUGGACGGCCCCACCCCGGACCAGCCUGCAUACUUCCGCCGCAGCCCCGAGAACGGAUAG